GGAUGCGAAUUUGAAAGCAGCCUCUUCCUCUCUCAGCCCCUCUGCGGCGCAUUGGCCACCGGGAAAACACCAGACGGUUACAGCCUUGGCGGCUUGGCCUCGCUCCACCCAUCCAUCGCCGCGCGCUCACACGAUGCUCCAACCCCAGAUCCUCGGACCCCCGCGCCUCUCCCUCGCCGACCCUGUCUCCACCGCCAUCAGCUGCAACUGUGGCGCCGCCCACGGCGGCGGCCGCAGCCGCCGCCGCGCGAAGCCCAAGCCAAUCGCAUUCCCGCCGAAGCCCGUGCGCCGCCUCGUUUCCACCUCCCUCCGCCGCCUUCUACCCCGACCGCGCCCCCUCACUGUCGUGCUCCCCGGCGGCGGCGGGUGGUUCAGGUUUGGUAGGAGGAGGAAGACGCCGGCCGAGGACCUCGCGGUGGUCGCGCUCUCCCUGGCGCUUGGCGGUGACAGGCUCGCGGCGCUCGCGGAGGCCUGGAACGCUUCCGGCCUGGGGCAGGCGCUCGGCGUCUGGGCCGAGGUAAUGGGGAGGGGGCGGAGGGCGCGACGCGGCGGACUCCGGCGGCUCGCUACGUUCCUGCUCGGGGUCGCGUUCUGCGCGCUCGUCUGCCACCUGAGGGGCGCCUCGCUCUUGAACGGGAUCCAGAAGUCCGGCGGCGGCCGGAAGUUGGUUCGGAUUUUUCUGCAUUGAUGAAUUUCUUCAUUAUUUCCUGUUGGUCUGCGUGAGAUGCGUUCAAGUUUGAACCAGUUGGAAUCGGGCGUCAAGAGUUUUGGACUCUUUUAUGCAGAUGGAUCGUCUUCCCGUUCUAGGGAUGCCGAUUUUGAUGGAUGAGGCUUCUCUAACGUGGUCCCUGGCCACCAAAGUUAAAUGCCGAUUUCCUGUUGUAGCUUGUUCUUGGGGGCAGAACUUGUAUAAUUGCACUGAAUGACAGUGUGGGACGGAAACUAAAUUUGUGCUUUUAUUAUCUGCAAGAUGACGCAUCAUUCUGAUUUC